AUGUCUAGAUCCUCAUCUGCAUUGUCCUCGUCCCGCCUAUCGCGUGUAGCCAGGAGAGUAGAAAGCCUGUUGAUUCGGCUCUUCCCUUCUUUAGGCUAUCACCAUCUUUUAAUGGGUUUAGUUGCGGUCGCCAUUAUCCUACAAUCUGUUCUUGUGGCUGGUUGCACGAGUGAAAGUCUCAACGGCAUCUUCAUCUUCUCUCUUACCUAUGCGAACGGAGAGACACAGCGGAAUUUAAACCCAUCGCAAGUUAACCCGAAUGCCUCGUAUAUUCUCUCUAGUCUUGCUGGAAAUGAAACUUCCUUGCAUAUUCGUGCUGGGUAUUUGGGGAUGUGUCUGACCAGCGGUGAUGGCUGGAUCUGCUCUAGGAGCUCUGAGCAACUGGCCACCGUCAUCAUACAAUCCAAAGCAGCAGACCCUCUGAAUUUAAUCUUUGUUGCGGAGAAGUUCAGGUCCGAGGUGGUAUUUGUUGGCCUUUGGUUUGUUUCCAUAGCCUUCUCAUUCAUAUCAUUUUGCAUUCUUUGGGGCCGUAAUGGUUUUAAACGAGAAGGUCUUUCAGAUGAUGGGAGCGAACGCGCAGUGGCAGCCAGGAGGAACAUUGUCCCUCCAGUCAUGGUCAUCGUCAUGUGUAUUUCAUCAAUGAUGGCUCUUCUCUCUGGAUUUUGGCAACACAUGGCCGGUGUCGCAGCUUCUACAAUUACCGAUGCCUUCACUUAUGGAGCAGCGAGUGGUGAUUUGGGGGUUGGCGCCAUGGUGCUCGGUUGGGUAUCUUUUUUUCUGCUAGCGGUUGCCUUGCUUGGUCUGACAGUGAUUGUGAUAGCUAUUCAUCUUCUAAACAUGUAG